AUGGUCAGAGAUGUCACUGUCUAUAUCUAUUACGUCGGUGUAGCUAAAACUGCACGUGUCAGACAGAAUAAUCGGGUCAAUAUUGUCCGUGAACUGGUUUUGAGAGAUCAUUCUUCUGUGAAUGAUGAAGAUGAGGACUCAAACACAGCACUACACUUGGCAGCAGAGUGUGGCCAUGCUAAAGUAGCUGGUGUACUGUUAGAUAAUGGAGCUGAUGUGGCAGCUAGAAACUGUAAUCUGUGGACACCACUAGACUCGGCAGCUGCCAAAGGUUGGGUGAAGACCUGUAAAGUUUUAUUGGAAGCUGAUGCCCCAAUCAAUCCCAUGGACAAAACCAAGACAACACCUCUACAUCUUGCUGCCCGCUAUGGACAUUCUGGAGUGGUGGAACUGCUGAUUCAGUGGAAGGCCAAUAUCCAGCAAAAUGACUCAAACAGUGACAAUUGCCUUGACUUGGCUAUCGACAACAAUCAUCCGGAUGUGGCUCUAACCAUUAUUAACUCAGAAAUGUGGGAAGAUGCUCUAAGAAAUGAGACUUCAGAGCUUGGUACAGAUGUGAAGAGCACACCAAUGAGAAAACUAAUUAAGAAAAUGCCAGAUGUUGCUGAAGUUGUAUUUAACAAGUGUAUGACUGACAACAAGAAAAGUUUCGAACACCGUGACUAUAAAGUCACAUUUAAUUACGAGUUUCUGGACGAUGUUUACUCGCUGGCGACGUGGCUGGCGACAACUGGACCGAGUGAAAGUGGUGGAUCAUCUGAUGGGAGUGUAUACAAUGAGGACUUUACCCUGUCCUCCUCAGCCAAACCCUACACAACUGACUCCAGUGAGAUGAAGAAGAACCACCCACUCAUGAUAAUGGUGACAUCCAAGCGAGAAGACCUUCUGGCCCAUCCACUGGUAACUUCCCUUCUCCGACACAAGUGGAACAGCUUUGGUCGUGUAUUCUACUAUAUCAACUUUGCUAUUUAUGCUGUGUUCCUAACCUUCCUGACUGGCUAUAUCCUGGCCAGCAAUGCUCCAUUCACCUACAGUACUACCGGCAAUGUCUCCUGUGAACUUGUGGCUAGCAGCACGACUCCGGUACACCGACAACACAUAUUUGCUAAAAUUGGAAAAUAUGUCAUCAUAGCUUUAGCAGCAUGGAAUCUUCUUCGUGAGUUGCUACAGAUAUACCAGGCCAAACUGCAGUAUCUGGGAUGGGAGAACCUCAUCGAGUGGCUUACCUAUGUGUUCGCGCUCCUGCUUGUUAUCGACUUCCAGGAAUGCCAGAGAGAUACAGGCUUCAGAUAUGACUGGCAGUGGUCCCUGGGAGCCAUCGCAGUAUUUUUAGCCUGGAUUGACCUGGUUCUUUUCCUCCAGAAGUUCCCACGGUUUGGUAUCUACGUUGUCAUGUUCAAGGACAUCCUAAACACCUUCAUCCAAUUCUUCCUCGUCUUCUUUCUCUUCAUCGUUGCCUUUGCCCUUGGCUUCUAUACUGUACUUCAAAACCAGGUACCCUUCAAGACGUUUGGACAGGCUUUAAUGAAGACCUCUGUGAUGAUGAUUGGUGAAUUUGAGUUUGAUUCCAUUUUCAAUGGAAACCAUGCCGAUCACACCGAGAAAGUUUACCAGGAUACAGUGACCUACAUUUUGUUUGUUGUAUUCAUGAUCAUCAUGUCCAUCAUCAUCAUGAACUUACUGGUUGGUUUGGCUGUAGAUGAUAUCAAGGCAGUACAGGAACAGGCUGCACUCAAGAGGAUGGCUAUGCAGGUUGAACUUGCGCUUGACGUGGAGAGAAUUGUUCCGGAAUUCAUACGAAGGAAAUUUGUCACAAAAAAGCAGACAAUCCGUCCCAACCAAGGUUGGAAAAAUCCCUUCAGUCAACUCGCUAACAUGGAGGCUGGAGAUCUGUCUUCUGCAGCCAUCAAUAAAGCUCUCAACCCAGAUCUGGAUGACAUAGAGAAAGUACAGGAGGGACAGGAACAACUCCAGAAAGACCUCAAUAAGUUACGCUUCUCUGUGAAAGAAAUGCGCUCACAAAAUAUCAAGCUAGAGAGUAUGUUGACAGCACUCCUGACUUCACAGAACAUCAAGUGGCAGGAGGAGGAUUUCCAGGACACAGAGGCAUCUUAGAUAUCAGGGUCACUCAAACUCUUACUCUCCUGGUUAUCAAGGUCACUCAAACUCUUAGUCUCCACUUUGUCAGAAUCAGUUAAACUCUUAGUCUCAUGGUUAUCAAGGUCACUCAGACUCUUAGUCUCCUGAUUAUCAUGGUCAUGCAAACUCAUAGGGCACUUACACAUAAGCAGUUGAAACGGUUGAACCAGUUGAACGUUUAAGUAAAUUGCCAGGUGAAGAUCGGGACCAAGACUGGACUGCGGAAUAUUUGGCAUGUGCAUUUUGAGGAGUCCAGCUGUAUCUGUCCGAAACUAACUUGCUGAAUAUCAUUGAUUUUCAAAAUUUCAGCAUUAGUAGUUGAGUCGUUGCACUCACAUAUUUCUGGGAGCAUUGUGUUAUAAAAAGUAUGAGUGAAAUGGAUGGUAUCCUAAUUUUAGUUAAUUGAUUUAUACUUGACAGGAAAAUCAGAAACAUAUAUUUGGUACAACAUCCCAUGCAUGUGCGUUUGUAUAUAGUGAAAAAAUUCCAAGCCACCUGAACUGUUUCAACCUGGUUACAUGAAUAUGGCCUUAGUCUCCUGAUUAUCAGGGUCAUGAAAACUCUUAGCCUUUUAAAGUGUCACUUCCAUUGUUGGAGAGCUCUGCCCAGACUAAUAAUGAUAUGGGUUACUGUGAUGUUAUCUGAUUAAUCUGGUCACAAAUAGUUUUAUAGCGGAAAUCAUCAGGGUUGUUUAAUUGUACAGGAAAAACUUUGGAUUUUUCUAAAAGAAGAUCCAUUAUGAAGAAAGUAAAAAUGAUUUUAGUGAUGUUGGAGAAGAUUGGAUAGAAUUGAGUUUUUCUUAUCUGUCCACUGAUUCUGAUUGGACACUUUAUCACUAAUUAAUCGUGAAUGGCUGUAACUGUUGUAGGGAAUGGAGACAGUGAUUUUACUGUAGUAUUUUUUCUAUAAAUUAUAUGUAUUGUUGUUAACUUUUGUAACUUUUGAUUUGAUACAAUGUACUUUACAAAUUUCUGGUUGUUUGUAUUAUAGACUGAUGCCUUAGUGGGACAAAUCAUUACUAAUUUUAGUAGGCCACAGAGGUGUUUACCUAUAUCUACUUAUCAUGGCUACAACAUGGUUUAAAUGAGGUUGUUGUUUAGCAUGAAACGAUACCAAAUAAAUCUGUCAAAAUAAAAUCUUCAUUUUAAAUUGACAAGUAAAAUGGAUGUUGAUAGAAAUAUUUAUAGUCUUUCAUAUGUAAUAGAUCUAGGAAUAUUCAUUAAUUCAGAUAACUAUAAUCUGAUAUACAAUAUAUAACCAGUGAUAUACUCCUAUUGUAUAAGGUUGAGCCUCUUGUUUUGUUUCCCAUGACCUUAGGUGUGAUAAUGUAAAGAUUUCCCCUAUUUACUUACAUGGUUGUAUAAACUAUGCUGUAGUGUAUAGAGAUGGCAGACCUCUAUAUUAAUACAGUUGUUGGUGUUGUUGUGUAAAUAGGGAAAUAUAUUCCAUGGUGAUUAACGCUAUAAUAGAGAGCUGGCAAUAUGGCAUGUUAGAUAAAAGGUUGACUUACUAGGAGGUUUUGUCAGUUGCACUGUUGUUGGUUUGGAAAUAGAAAAACAAAUCUGCAUCAUCAUGUAAUUGUGACAGAGAAAAGUGUACCUCUUCAAUGGACCCAAGGCUUACCAGUCUGCCAUUCUAACUUCUCCAGUCAAGUGGAUCCCUGGGAAAAUCCCUCAAGUGUGAAUCUAGAAGGUGACCUUAAUCCCAUGUACAGUUCACACCUGUCAUCAAUCUCAGUACUAGACAGUUUAUUAAAUGGGCAACUAUAUGUGUCUAUAUGUGUCUUUAUGAGGGAGAUAAGCUUUGGCUAAAUCAGGUCGUAUAUCCUCGAUAGAUAAAGUUUAUUAUUAUAACUAUAUAAAGGAAGAAAAGUGCACUCUUAAUGAGCUUUACCAAUUGUUAAUUUUAUAGAUAUUGAUCACUGAGUUAGAUGUGGGAAACUUUGCCUAGAAUGGAUUAUGUAUGAUCAAAGUUGUGGAGUACCAUGUUAUGUAUCUUAUGGUCUGAUUUUAGUUUAAUGAGUAGUCAUGCGAUCAGUUUAUAGACUGUAUGUAGGGUACUGGGUAGUCACAUGAUUCAUUUCAUAGUCUAUUUAUGGGAUACAUUGUAGUCAUGUGACUCUGUUUAUAGUCUAUUUAUAGGGUCCAUGUGGUCAUGUGAUGCAAUGGCUUUUGAUGCAUACGUAGUCAGUGCCUUUUUGUGUUUUAUUCUACAAUAUGAGACAUAAUAUAAAAUUUUGAUUGUAUAUAAGUUCUUACAUAAGAUUUUCUUUCUUUAUUUCAAAUUUAUUUCAGAAUAUCACAUUGUCAUGAUAAUUGGGCAACAUGUAGAGCCAGUGAAAGCCCUCUCCAUCAGAUGGCAUGUUUUUAUUUAGACAAAUUUGUGUGCUUUAUAGAGCUGAGAAGUUGAUAUCUAUGUAAGUUUAUGCAAUUUUUCAUCAACAACUUACAGAGUAUUCUAAACUGUCUUUCAGUAGGUUUGCCUUUAUAUAUAAUAAGUUGAAUUCUGGCUCCUUUGUUGUGUCAGUGAUUUUUGUUGUGUAUAUGUAGAGCCACAUUUCAGGGCAUUGGUUUUAAAGUUUAGAUGUACCUUAUAAUGUGACAGGUAAGCAUUAUAUCUAAUGGUAAAUAUAUAUAUAGGUUUAUCAUGGCAGGUCUAUCUAUCUACUUCAACUUGAAAAUGGCCAUCUUUGUUUUAACACCUAUCACUUACUUUUCUCAAAUGGGAAGCUGGUUUUUUAAGAAUUUCAAAUGUCUUUAUAUCUGUAUGAAGGAGUCUAUAUGUUUCGAAUUAAAAUUGAAUUUUACCACUUGAUAUUACGCACACCUUUGUGUAUUAUUUGUAUAAAUGGCUACCUUUCCAUGAUGUAGACACAUUGUAUUUCUGUAAAAAUCACAUAGUUUUACAUACUAGUUAAGAUCUGUUGACAGUGGUAAAUUUUUACUGCAAGUUGGCAUCCAUAUUGAACAUAAUAUAAUGUACUUUACAUUUAAUAUCAUGAGUCACAUCAUUAUUAGAUUUACUCAUUCAGAACAAAAACUGCUGUAAUAUCUAUACUGAAAUAAGCCUUGGCCAUUUGUACAUGUUUCAGACCUUAAUUUGUUGACAGGCCUAUCUCUAGACAUCUUUUGGAAAUAAAAAAAAACAUUAUUGGGCUUAUUGAAAUGUAUAUAUAUUAUUAUAUCUUCUUGAUUCAAAUAAUCUAUUUUUGAAUUAUGCUCCGAUUCAAUCGACCAGGUUUUGUCUGGAUCACAUUAAUUAUAUUUAUCAAAUUGUAACCUUUUCUUUUUAUAUGCAUUAUGAACUAUCAAUCAAUAAAGAUAAUUUUGUACAGAUAUAUAUAUAUAUAUAAUUUAUACUCAUUCACUGUACUUUUGUGUAUGAGUGCAGUAUUCACUUCGGGAUACAGGUCUUAGAAGCUAAAUUCUGUUUUAGGUUUUGUUUGUUAGACAACAAUAACCUUAGCAGUGUGUAUCAAUCACACCAAGAAUUAUGUCAUAAGGUACACAAAAACCUGUAUAAUAAUCUAUAUGGUACCUGUAUCAUAUUAAAUGAGGGUUGUACUAGUGUAUUCCAAUCUUACUUGAAACACUAUUAUCAAAACUUAUUUAUGAAAUUUUACUAUUUAUUUGAUAGUUAUCAAAACCAGUAUAUAUAUAUAUCUAUUGACCAUUAUGCAAAAGAAUUUGAUUUAAAAAAUAAGAGGUGUGGGAUUUUUGUCUUUAUUACAAUGCCUCCUACCUCUUUGUUACAGAAGUUAUUUCUGAUUACCAUAUUUCCCUACCCUAGUGAGAGAAUUUUAGACUCUAGAUUAGUUAACAUUCCUGUAGUUUUACAUUUACUAAACACUUUUUAAAAACUUUUUGUUUUCUAUUUUUAAGGGUAAUGUUUGUUAUUUUUGUUUAGGUUGGACCACUUCUUCAGAUUGUAAUGUUUUUCUGUUUCAACUUUUUACAAGUUUCUGACCACCUUUGUUAUCUUCAUUUUUUAUGUAUUAUGUCGCAUUUUUUGAAAUACUGAUUUGUCAUUUUACCAGUUAGUGUACAUUUAGUACCUCUUUAUAUUUGAUACUGAAAAGGAGAAAGAAACGAAAUGAAGCUGUUUAUAAACAAAGUAAAAUAUUGACUGAAAAACAGUCAUUUAUCCUGAAAAGAAGACUUUUGUUAUAUUUCAGACCAGUAUCAAUUUCCUAUCAAAUCAACUUGAUACUUAGCAAAGCAUAAAGUAAUUAAGUCUUUGUUACGAAAAGUCUUCAAGUAAUAUUUCAUAUACAUAUAUAGUUAAUCCAGUUUUACUGUAGAUUUAUAGACUAAUUUUUCUGUUCUUUUUUUAAAAAAAAACAAGUAUGAAUUAUACGUACAGAUGUUAUUAUGAGAUAAUUAUGAUUGGUAUUUUGCUCAAACAAUGAAAUCCAUGGAAGUUAUAGUUCUGACUAGGGAGUUAUCUUAUGCUGUGGAUGUUCUCUCAUUAAAUGGACUAUUUUCUGUAGGUGAACUUACACUUUAAAUAUAUUUUAUGAUAUUAUUGUAAUCAGGAUGGUUUCAUAUGAACUUAACUACAUUGUUAUUUGAAGACAUGUUUUUUAACCUUGAAAUCUUCUUUUGAUCAACAAGAGAUAGAGGUGAAAUUAGUAGUGGUCGACAGUGACAAAGUGUUGAUUAUAUGUGAUAUAUAGAAUUAUACAAUACUAUUGUACAUGAUUUAUUGUUUGUCUGUUCUGUAGGUAAUAAAUAUAUAUAUAA